GUCUGCCCUGCUAUAGUGUGCUAUCUCUUUAAACCUGCUCGUGUCUAUUCGGAAAUUCUCGGUCUGAAUCGGGAUUUCUGUCUUUGCUGCUGCAGCUCAAGCUCCAAUACCGAACCAGCCCCGUUAUCACCAAACCUGAAAUCACAGUCCGUAAUUACGCUAAUUUAAAGAUCUCCGGGAUUCUGCUCUUUGUUGUAGUCUUACUCUCUGCAAAUGCAGGCAAUAAAGUGUGUGGUUGUCGGGGACGGUGCCGUGGGUAAAACCUGUCUGCUGAUCAGUUACACUACCAAUGCUUUCCCUGGAGAGUACAUCCCCACAGUCUUCGAUAACUACUCUGCCAAUGUGAUGGUGGAUGGCAAGCCGGUGAACCUGGGAUUGUGGGACACUGCUGGCCAGGAGGACUACGACAGACUCAGGCCGCUCUCCUACCCACAGACGGAUGUGUUUUUGAUAUGCUUUUCCUUGGUGAGCCCAGCGUCCUUCGAGAAUGUCCGAGCGAAGUGGUACCCAGAGGUGCGGCAUCACUGUCCAAACACACCAAUCAUCCUGGUGGGGACCAAACUGGACUUGCGGGACGACAAGGACACGAUCGAACGUCUCCGGGACAAGAAACUGGCCCCCAUCACCUACCCACAGGGGCUGGCAAUGGCCAGGGAGAUAGGUGCAGUGAAGUACUUGGAGUGCUCGGCCCUCACUCAGCGCGGCUUGAAGACCGUGUUUGACGAGGCCAUCCGAGCGGUGCUGUGCCCCCCGCCUGUCAAAAAACGAGGCAAGAAGUGCACCGUCUUUUGAGAGGACCCUAACAGCAGCCAUCUCAGGAAUGAAAAAAUCAAACUGGGGGACACAUCAUUCACUGUCCUUUUUUUUUUUUUUUUUUUUUUUUUCUCUUGUGAGAAUUAAUACAAUUCCGUUUUCAGCCAGUGAAGGGGGGGAAGGGGAUGGGUGAAAUCCACUGAGUGUACCCCCCUCCUAAAAACAACAAAAACAAGUUUGUCAGAAUCUGCCUUUAAAAUUUGUAAGAAAAAAAGGCGUCUUAGAUAGUUGCAUGCUUGUGAGCAACUAAAGAAAAGGCAUUUAAACUCAGCCCCCCCCCCCCCCCCCAAAAAAAAAAAACGAAAUCCUUUCAUCCAAAGUUUCUAAAAAAUACUGUUUUAACAAAAAAGACAAAUGUCCCUCCUUAAUCUCAAAAUGUAAUUCCUUUAAAAAUGAUUUUGGUAACAGUGUUGCAGUGAGGGCAUGGCUAGUAUUACUAAUGUAUUCAUCUUUUUUGUGUGAAUGUUGCUUUGAAAGAACCCAUAGAUGUGAAACUACUGUAUAUUGUGGUACUUGCAAAAGUAUAUACUACAGUGUUUAAGCUUAACCAGCAGACACUCCAUGGCUACAGUCUGUUAUUCUGUGACUUAGACAGUGAGAACUCAGUGUAAAUGUAGAUAACCAAUGUGUAUAAACACAUAUUUCCUUGUCAGUUCCAAUCAUAUUAAUGGGUGCCUUGGAGUCCAGUUGUGGAGAGUAGUAAAAACUGUGUGGGUUUCAGAAGUGUCCUAAUGGUGACAUGUCUUAAUUAAAAGCAUCACUGCUGUUUUAAUAAUUAGAAAGUAAUAACUGUUCAGUAGCUGAAAAAUUCAAAUGAUGGUUUGAGGCAGAAGAUGAUGAUCAGCACACUGUCGCCAUUCUCCAAUAGGCAUACUCUUAAUUGGAUGAAUCUGUGUCUAAGCUUGGGCACAAAAUAUAGAUAGUAACUUUGCAGGAUGUUGAAAUCUCCUGUUUCAUUUAUACGUACUGUGUUGCAAUGGUGUGGAAGCUGGCUGCUCCCAUGCAUCAAUCCUAGGAUCUCGCUGUGCAGUUUACAUUGUUUAGUAUCUUGUUUUUUGGAGUACAUAAAUAACAUUCAUUUCCCCAGUUGAAUCCAAUGGUGCGUGUCGCUUUAGUCUAGCUUUAUUAUCCUGGAUACCACUACAGUUGUAGUUGAGUGUUAUAUCUCCAUGUCAUGUCCCGCAUUAGAUCCAGUAGCAACAUACAGUUUGUUACACUGCUGUUAGACUCAGGAACAGCCUGCCUCUGAAACAGAUCAAACCAAAAGACAAGCUGUAGAUCACCGUUGGGACUGUUUUCCGUCUUCAUUUCUACCGGUUUUAUUGCCUUUUUAAACACAUACUUUACAUACAGAAUUCUUUGGUAGCAAAACUUCUUGUGUGUUCAUCCUUGUUGCAUGGCUACCUCUCUCCUGUUUUAAGACAUCUGUCUCUUAGCAUUCUUUUGUACAAGGCCUUGCAUAAAAUAAUGCACAAGACUUCUCUCCAAUCACUUAGAACAUGGAUAAAGAUUCAACAGAGCUGCCUCAGAUAACACUUUCUAUAAUUGCUAUUUCCAGGAAAAGGGUUAAAUGAUGGUCACCAAACGAAUGUCAAGGUGCCCAAACGCUCUUGAGCAGCAACAACCUGUUCACUCUCCAUCCAAGCACAGCCUGUCCCUGCUUUCAACAGACACUGGGCUCUUUCACUGAUGGGUUCAAUUGUUCCGCUCUGUAAAUUUUAAAAGGCUAUUUGGGAUUUGACUUGAAUUGACUUCACUAUAUAAUGCAGUAGAGCAUAGCGAUGUUUUUCAUUUUACAGUGUGGUUCCAUUUUAAAUUCAGCAGAUGUCCAGGAUCUAAGAGGGGGCGUUCUUGAUGACAAGGUGCUAAUUUAUUUUUUUUACUAUUUGUUAGACAGCCUAAAUGUUAAAAGUCUUAUCUGGUGAAUACAACAGUACCAUAAGAAGGUGCUAGGCAUUUGAAUCUAAGAGAGCUCUCUAGAUGCAGUAUCUGUUUUAUAUACCCAUGUGAACAAGGGGAUACAAUGACACCAAAUACAUACAGCUUCUGGGCUUACUGAGCCAAUGUAAGAAAUGGGAUGGAAUGCAUUAACUUUCAUUCAACAUGUAUUGUGGUUUACUGCACAAAGGGCCUGCAACCUAAGGAAAAAUAUUGGGGGGAAAAAAAGAAAUCAAAUAGUGUGUUUCAUAAACAUUUUCAAGAGUGUCCUAAGUAACAUUGGGGGGCUAGCAUGCCAAACUUAAAACCGCUUAACCCUAUUGCCUAAACAGUCUAGAUGUUUAACUUGGGGCACAUCAGGGCCCCGUCUUAAUUCUGUUUUCCAUUUUCAAACCUGUCCUUCCUUUGUGUGUGUGUGUGUGCUUUGGGUUGCUGUGGUAACCGCUGAUCUGUAAAGUGAUGUUAUUGCAUCUUUGAUAAUCUACUUAACUUGCAAGAUAACGAUUUACAUGCAACUUUUAAUUUCAAACACUUUAUUCGGUCUGUUUUUAAUUGCCAAAAAAAAAAUACAGUAUAUACAGUGAAUAACAAAUCCUUUAACAUUUUAGAAGAGGUAUGUAUUAAUAAAAACAAUUAUUUGUAUGUAUCUAAUGAAGUCCUUUUUUUCUUUCUUUUUUUUUUUAAUUACGGAGUGACCAAACAAAACCUACAGAAGGAGCAUGCUCAGUUCUCCCAGUUAGACAUGCCAGUACAGCAGCACUUCAUAAAGUUAAUGAUCGUAGAAAUUUAACAAAGGCAGCAGUAACCGCUGCAGGAGGCCUUGUUAUCGUUAACCUACAAAUAAUUACCCGUUUCUGACUGGGGAAAAUAGGCUUUUCAGGGGAUUAGAGAAUGUUAUUCUGAAAAGUAAAAAAAUAAAACAUUAAACUCCACUAAAAACCUGAUUUGAAUGAAAGCGACUGCAUGUCAUGUAUUUUACACGAUUCUAUAGUAUUGUAAACAGACUCCCUCUAGCGUUUGAUAUGUGAAAUUACAGCAUGUUUAGGCGACUUUUUAAGGGAUCCAGAAUCCCACUCUUGCUGCAGAGCUUCAUCGGCAUGGCAACAGCAGGGGAGUGAUCUAUCUGAGCAUGCUCGGAAAGAAAGGUUUGGGUCUCUCAGUCUCUGUUAACUUAUGUCUUAAACUGCAUGGAAAGUGUUCUGAGCUUGUGGAUAGAGUUGCUCUUUGUUGGUGAAAUCUCCAUCAUUUCCUCUGCGGAUUUGGUGGGAUUCAUAACUCUUAAGAUGAGCUCCAUGUUUGUUAUCCUUUUUGUAUUACUAUUAUUCGUGUCAUAAAGAGUAUUGUGGAAUAAGAAACAUUUUUGUAUAAUAAAUAUGAACUUAUAACUA